AUGGAGGACCUCUGCACGACUCCGGCAUGCAUCCACCUCGCAUCCGAAGUCCUCUGGGGCCUCGCCAAGAACUAUACUGAGAUUGACCCGUGCACUAACUUCGAUGAGCUCGUCUGUGGUAGUUGGGCUGCUUACCACGAGAUUCCCGCCGGUAGUUCGUCCACCAUGGCCCUCACCGCUCAGCAGGACGACAUUUACAUUACGGUGCGCAACAUUCUCGAAGGCCCGUACCCGCACGAAGGCUGGAUAACAGUCGGCCUAACCGACGAGCAAGCCAAGGUCGACAAAAAGAACUUUGCCAAGAUCCAGAAGGCCUACGAUGUCUGCGUCGACUACACGGCCCUUGCCGAAGAGGGUCUCAAGCCUUUGGCCAAGCUCGUCAAGACCAUCGCAAGCGACUUCUCGGCCGCCUGCGAUAAUGGCGAUACGCUUCCAUACGAUCACUCCGAUGCCAUGGGAAAGUCCCUGCUCCUCUUCGAGAGCCUCGGCAUUGCAACAACACAGCGCAUCGGGCCAUCGCAAAACGACUACAACCCUAAUGAGGCUCUGAUCAACAUUUUGCCGCCCUCUAGCUCUGACGUUCCCGACGAAGAGAACCUGGCGGAAUACGUCGAGCUGGCUGCUGCUCUCAUCGCCUCGGUGCAUCCGUCCAACAUUACUGUCAAGAAGGCUGCAGCUCUUGUACAAUCGCUGCUAGUCUGGGAGGCCAGCGUGAGCAACAUCGUGGCUUCUGGAAUGGAGAGUGGCCAAGUAACGGUAUCCUUGGCCGAGAUCCAGGCUGCGGCACCUCAGUUGAACUACCAGUUCGUCAUCAACCAGCUCGCUCCCGAGGGCUACAGUGCAGACCGUGUUGUCGUCACAGCUCCCACCUACUUCCAAAAUCUCUCUCAGAUCAUCUCGCAGACACCACCCCAGGUUCUCGAGACAUUCUUUAUCUGGAAGGCUAUCUACUCGCUGUCGCCCUACAUCGAGUCCGAGCCGACCAAUGCGUACAACAACUUUCAGGCGAAGCUCUCUGGAGACCCUGAAGACCUCACGCCUCGUUGGAAGAAGUGCAUCGUACUCCUUGACGAGGGCGUCAGCUGGAUUGCUGACGAUGAGGCAGCCUCGAGCGCCAUCGGCCCCAGCGGACUGACGUGGAUACUCACAAGAUUCUUCCUGGAACAAAGUUAUUCCUGGGAAGCUAAGAACCUCACAUCUGAUAUUGUGACAAACCUCCAGGCUUCAUUCCUCGAGCGCAUCCAGUCUCGAGAAUGGGCAUCUGACGAGGUCAAAGUCGCCGCCGCCGAGAAGCUGCACGCUACCGUUAAGAAAAUCGCAUGGCCCACCGACCCAGAUGCCAUCGAUGCUCUCAAGAUUGGGGAGUUCUAUGAGAACGCUGAAAUCACCUCGUCUCAUACACAUAACGCCCUGGCUAUGGCCAAGGUCAACGUGGCCAACAAGUGGGCAAUUCUCGGCAAGCCGUUCCCCAAAGGCAUCUUCAUUUCCAGCACCCUCACUGUGAAUGCAUUCAACUGGCCUGGCCAGAACCAGAUGAUCCUGCUCGCCGGAAUCCAGCAGUUCCCUCUGUAUGACGUUGACUUUCCAUCUUAUAUGCUAUAUGGAGGAAUGGGUAGCGUUGUUGGGCAUGAAAUCACGCACGGAUUUGAUACACAAGGACGCCAGUAUGAUGCCACUGGCAACCAGACAAUAUGGUGGGAUGACGCUACUGCCGAACGAUUCACCGAAAAGGCUCAAUGCUUUGUCAAGCAAUACGACAAGUUCACCAUCACGGCCCCUAACGGGACGCAAGUCCACGUCAAUGGUGAACAAACCAUCAAUGAGAAUAUUGCCGAUGCUGGUGGUGUCGUGUCCAGCUAUGCUGCGUGGAAGAAGUGGCAGUCUACGCAUAGCAAAGCGAAAAAUCUUCCAGGCCUUGAAAAGUUCACCCAUGAACAGCUGUUCUUCGUCAAAUGGGGACAGGCGUGGUGCCAGAAUAUGAGCCCCGAGUAUGCCCUGAGUUUGAUUGAGACGGAUGUGCACAGUCCCAACGCCGCGAGGAUCUUGUUGACGCUGCAGAACUCGGUUGGCUUUAAAGAGGCCUUUAACUGUCCUAAGAAAGAGCCUCUUUGUGAGCUUUGGUGA